AAUAAUACAAAUAGAAACCAUUUACCAUAUUGAACAUAAUCAAACAUAACACGUCCUAAUCCGCCACAGCACAUAGAACUAGCUCGCUUCGCUCCCCCAAUCCUUCCUAUAAAUAACCAGUCAGUCCACUUCCCCAUCGUCAAAUCCAGCCACAAACAACAAUGGCUUCUCCUUCUUCAAACUCCCCUGCACUCGGGUCCUCCUUCUCCAUUCAAUUCCUCGCAGCCACCAUUCCCUUCAUUACUCUCUUCAUCGCCCUCCUCCUCACCAUCGCACACCACAUUACCAUAAAGCUCUCACAAACCAAAUCCCUGCCUCCCGGCCCUCCCGGCCUCCCUUUCCUCGGCAAUCUCUCCCUAAUCCUCCGCCCCAACCUCCACCACCGCCUCGCCCACCUCUCCCUUACCUACGGCCCCCUCAUGCGCCUCCGCCUCGGCACCAAGCUUUGGAUUGUCAUCAGCUCCCCAACAAUCGCCAAACAAAUCUUCACAGAAAAGGAUCUCGAGUUCUCCAACCACGAACAGCCUAUCGCCGCAACGGUCAUCUCCUACGGCGGUUCAAACCUCGUUCGCUGCCCUUACGGCCCCACCUGGCGCAUGCUUCGCAGAGUGUUUGUACACGAGCUUGUUAACGCUAAGAGCCUCGACGCCGCCGCGGAACUCCGGCGAGGAGAGAUGAAGCGUGCCGUGCGAGGGAUUUGGGCGAAGCAAGGUAAGAGUAGCAUUAAUGUUGGAGAGUUGGGCUUUGAGGUUUCGCUUAAUAUGCUCAUGGCUAUGUUGUGUGGAGAAGAGCAGAGUGUGAAAUGGAGAGAAAAGGGAGUGGAAUUCAGGAGGGUGAUGAUGGAGACGGUGGAGCUUCUUGGGAGGCAGAAUGUGUCGGAUUACUUGCCGUUGCUUUCAUGGCUCGAUUUGCAGGGUAUUGAGAGAGGGAUGAAGAAGAGAGUGGCGUGGAUGGACGGCGUUUAUGAGGAAAUGAUUGAGGAAAGGAAGAGAAUGAGAGAAUGCGGAGCGGCCGGAGAUGAAGAAGGUGAGAGUGGGAAGGAUUUUUUGUCGAAGCUUUUGAAGAUUAGAGAUGGGGAGGAUCAAAGGUUUAAGCUCUCUAAUAUACAGCUCAAGGCUUUGAUAAUGGAUUUCCUGGUCGGCGGAACAACCGGAGCCUGGACGACAAUCGAAUGGCUAAUGGCGGAGCUGAUACACCGGCCCGACGCAUAUCGCCGGGCCCUCAACGAACUCGACACUGUAGUGGGCCGCAAACUGGCCGUGGAAGAAUCCGACAUCCCCCAUCUCCCAUACCUCCGUUCCCUUAUAAAAGAAACCCUCCGCCUCCAUUCAGUAAUUCCCCUGCUCGUCCCUCGCGUUCCCGUCCGACCCAUCACCAUUGCCGGUCACCUCAUCCCCGCCGGAGCUCGCGUCAUCACCAACGUUUGGGCUAUCCAGAACAACCCUGAGGUGUGGGACAAACCACAUGAGUUUCGACCUGAGCGAUUCCUGCCUGGAGGGGAAGGGGAAAGUAUUGCAGGUGGAUUUGGGUUCUUUCCGUUCGGUGCUGGGCGGCGGAAGUGCGCCGGUUUGCCGCUUGCGGAGCGAAUGGUGCCGUUUGUGGCGGCUAAUUUGUUGCAUUUGUUUGAGUGGCGGGUGAGCGAGGGCGAGGGUACGGAUUUGAAGGAGAGAUCUGGUGUUACUUUGACCAAGGAAAAGCCGCUUGUGGCGGUUGCGGUGGCUAGGUUUCCGGCUUGCAGGGAGAUGUAUCAGUGAUUGUUGAUUGCUGCCAAGUCUGUAAUUUGAGGUGUUUAUUAUGCAGAAGAUGGUUAUUUAAUUAUGAUUUUCAAUUAACUCCAACGGCUUUUUAAUUUGUCAGUUUUCUUUUAAACACAGACACCUCUUUAUUAUGCAGAACAGUAGUCGUGAGGGCUAUCAAAAUCGGAUUACAGAUUGGGUUCAAGUUCAACCUGAAAUUAAUCCGACACUGACCAACCCAGACCAACCCAACCCAACCUGACCAAUUUUUGCAAUAAAAGGUUGAUUUUUUAGACAAGAACUCGACCCGCUUUGAGUAUGUUUUACUAAAAAAAAAAUUUAUUUAAUUUGAUUUAUUUAAAUCUAAAUCAAAUUAAGAUAAAAUUUACUUCAAUUAAUUUAAAAUAAACUAAACUU